CGGAUUUACACCUCACCUGUAAGAGAUAAGAAGGUGGAUAUGCAAGAUGGGUUCGAGAACCCCAUUUCUUCACUAAUCGACCAUGGAGUAUUCGGCGGACGAUGUCGCAGCGGCCACGAGUCUCCAACUAUUAACGUACCUAUACACGUCAAUUACGACGUUCUUGAUCUAUGAUUAUGCUUGUUCACUUCACGAAGAGUGGAAAUUUCUACUUCGGUCGCGCUGGAGCAAAAUCAAAGCCCUUUAUGUCAUUACACGAUAUCUCCCCUUUGUUCUCAUCGCCAUGUACAUAUGUUUGAAUUUCACCCAGAACGAGAGCCCCAACGAAUGUCGGACUUUGAUCAAUGUUUACUCAUCUUUCUGCCAGAUAUCACUCAUCUGCUCUGAAUGCUUUUUUGUGAUCAGAACAUAUGCGCUCUGGAACAACAAUAGGAUCAUACUCGCAGGCAUGCUGUCCGCUGUCUUUGCUAUUACCGUAGCAUUCCCCAGCAUUCGUUUUACCACUAUUGCCACCUCAUAUGUUACGGCCAGCAUGAUCACAGGCAUCCCAGGCUGCUACUGGAGUUCGAGCAGUAUCCGAUAUUUCAUUCCCUAUAUUCUCUUGUUUGUGUUUCAACUGGUACUGGUCUCCCUCACACUGGUGCGUGUCAUACAGAGCUGGCGGUCGGCCAAGGGUCAUCUGCACGCUGUCCUGGUGAAACACAACAUAUUCUACUAUGGAUGCGCUCUCUGUCUCUCAGCCAUGAACUUCCUCAUGCCGAUACUAUGUUCCGACUUCCCAUACAAUACCGUCCUCGAAGAUUUUCAGGUCUUUAUCCUUGCGAUCCUCGCCACGCGCAUGCACCUCUAUCUCUGGCAUAUCGACCGGGACGUGCACGGCUCUGACGCCCUCGUAUACAUUUCCAUGUCUGACAUGUCACCUACAAACAGUACGGUGUGAUGUCUUAUUGUGUUGCUUAUUCGUCAAGUUGGUGGGAUGAGGUUUGGGCUGCGGGAUGACUGGUCGGGGUGGCAUGGUCGUGUUUGGGACGCGCUCAACAGAACACUAAUACACAUAUAAUGUUACAAAGCUCUUAUUAAUAAU